AUGGUAAAGCAGGAUGGCAAGGGCGGGGGACAGGCGGCGGCGGACCCACGCUUCGCCGCCAUGCACAGCGACCCCCGCUUCCAGCGGUUUCCAAAACAGAAGUUCAAAGUGGUGGUCGAUAAGCGCUUCGCAGGCAUGUUUGAGGACCCGGAGUUUCAAAGCCGCGCAGCAGUGGACAAGCGGGGACGCAAGAUUGAGGUUCGGCGGCGCAACGAGGACCUGCGGCGGUACUACCGCCUGAGGGACGAGGAGGAGCGGCGGGAGGAGGGGGAAGGGGGGGAGGCAGCAGGGCAAGACGUAGCAGCAGCAGGCGGGGAGCGGCAGGCGGCGGAGCCCGCCGGCGGCCAACAGGCGGCGGGAUACCCACAACAGCAAAAACCGAGGCAUCAGCAUGACCAGGGGGGGGGCAGGAGGGCCCCUCGGGGGCUGCAGAAAGAGAAGCAGGGGCGAAAAGAGGAGGCAGGGGCCGUCGUAGCAACUGGAGCUGCAGACCUGAAGCUAAAGGAUCAACGAAAGGAGGGGCGGAAGAAGCAGUCGAAGACGAAGGAGCCGGAGCAGCAGCGGGCCCAGGACCGGGUGGAUGGUGCGGCUGACGGACGGACUGUGAGCCCACAUGGUGCUAAGCGGCAACGAGCUGGGGUUGGGGCCGUGGCUGGGGCGGGGGGACCGUCAGCUGGUGCCGUGGCGGCACUCCAAGCCAAGGGCGAGGAAGCGGCAGCCACGGCGCGAGGGGCCGAGUUUGUACCGAGGGGCCUCGGAGGAGCUGUCGGGGCGGAGGACACUGACGUGGAGGAGGAGCUGGAGGAGGGGGAGGAGGCGGGGAAGAGCAGUGACGAUGAUGAAGACGAGGAGGAAGAGGAGGAGGAGGAGGGUGAUGAUGAGGCGGCGCGGGCGCGGGAGCGUUGGGCCCGGGCUCGCGGAAUGCUGGUGUCGGACAGCAGCGACGAGGAGGAGGAGGAGGGCGCGGAGGAGUACGACAGCGCUGACGAGCCGCUUACGGACGAAGAGUACGAAUCGGACGAGCAGCUAGAUCCGGAGGAGUGGGGCCCGGGUGCGCACGCACUCAACCCGGAAGAGCCCAUUCCGCAGCAGGAGGAGACGCGCAGGCUGGCCCUGGUUGACUUGGACUGGGACCAUGUACGAGCUGUGGACAUACUUGCCGUGCUGCGUUCCUUCCUGCCCCGGGGCUCCUUUCUGGACCGAGUUACGGUCUACCCCUCCGACUACGGGCUGCAGCGGAUGGCGGAGGAGGCGGCGGCGGGGCCCCAGCUGAUCCUGAAGCCAACACAACGAGGGUCCGGGGGCCCUAUGGCGACAGCGCCAGCAGCGGCGGGUGGCGGCGGCGGCGGCGAGGGUGAAAAGGGCCGGGGGAAGAAGGGCGAUGGCGGCGGGGCAGCCAGGAGGGACGGUGGUGAUGGCGACGACGGCGGCGCAGAGGUGGACAAGAAGCGCCUGGCGGCGUACGAAAAGUCGCGGCUAAGGUACUACUACGCCAUCGUGGAGUGCGACUGUAUCGCCACCGCCCUGCAUCUCUAUAACGAAUGUGAUGGGAUGGAGUUUGAGCGGUCCGCCUGCAAGUUCGACAUGCGCUUCGUGCCGGAUGAGCAGAGCUUUGAGGGACGGCAGGUCCGUGACUCGGCUACGGAUAUUCCCCCCGGCUAUCAGCCCCCCGCGCACUUCAACAUCUCCCUGCAACACACCGACCCCAAGCUGUCCUGGGAUGCCGAGGACCCCGAGAGAAAGCGGAAACUGCAGGGUCGGCGGCUCAAGACUGACGAGGAGCUGCUGGAAGCUGACUUCGCGGCCUAUCUGGGAAGCGAGGAGGACGACGAGGAUGAUGAUGAUGAUGCUGAGGGGGAGGAGGACGAGAUGGAGCAGCAGCAGCAGCAGGUCGAGGGCCAGGAGGCGGGCGCUGGGGAGAAGCAGCAUGUGGAUGGGGGCCGCAAGUCGGCCGCCAGCGGCGGGGCCGGCAGUCGCCGUGGUGGUGGAAAGGAGGACGCUGAGGCGCUCCGACGGCGUUAUCGGGCGCUGCUGCUAGGGGAGGGCGCCGCGGACGGAGAUGGCGCAACCACCACCACCAUCACUACCACCACCGGCGCCAAGACUAAGGGCCGUGUGGGUGGGAAGAGCUGGCUGGGCAGCGAGGAUGGCAGUGAGGGUGAGGAUGAUGAGCAAGAUGGCCGGCAGCGCGGCGCGGCUGGCGAGCCCAGCACCAGCGGACGUGGCGGUGCCGGUCGCAAGGGCGGCGGUGACGUGGACAUGGUGGUCACGUUCCACAGCGGACUGGAAGGUCUGGGUGAGAGGCUGAAGAAAAAGAAGGAGGAGGAGCGGGCACGAGCUGGGGAAACGGUGUGGGAGGCCUACCUGCGGAAGAAGCGGGAGAAACGGGCCCAGAGGAAGGCCCAGGGCCGGCUCCGAAACCUCAGUGACAGCGAGGACUCGGAAGAUUACAUCUCGGACGGUGAGGACGGUGGUGGCAAGGCGGCCCGAGGGAAGCAGGUCAAGGGCAAGAAGGCUCGCAAGGCUGACGGCGGCAGCGACGGAGGCGAUGAUGAUGACAUGUACGGCGACGUGGCCUCGGACGAUCCUUUCUUUCAGCAUGGCGACGGUGACGACCCCUUUGCCGACCCCUUCUUCAAUCAGGACGGCCACGGCGGCGGUGACGCAGGGGGGACGGCGAGCGAGGAUGGCGAGGAGGGGCCCGGCGGUGGGCGGCAGGGUGCCGGGGCCCGGGGUCCCCCGAGGCAGGGAGCUGCCAAGAAGGUCAAGAAGGGCGGCCAGGCAGGGGGCGACCAGAUGGCCGCCGCCGCCGACCUGGAGCUGCUUCUCAUGGACGAUGGUGCGCUGCGGGACGCAGCCCGGGGGUUGAAGUCCCGGGUCCUGCCCGCGGGGCAUGACGACGCGGGAGCCGCCGGCGGCAAGCGAAAGCUGACCAAAAAGGAAAAGCGCGAGCUGAAGCAGGAGGCGCGGCGGAAAGCUCGUGCGGGGAGCGAUGAGGAGGACGCGGCCGGAGGCGGCGAGGAGGACGGGGCGGGCUUUGCAGUCAACCUUGCGGACCCUCGCUUUGCAGACAUGUUUCAAAGCGCCGAGUUUGCGCUGGAUCCCACUGACCCAAGAUUUAAGAAGAUGCAGGCUCGCGACAAGGUGCUCACGGAAAUGCAGAAGCGUCGUUCGCAGCAGGAGCCAGUAGAUCACAAACAGCAGAAGCACCAACAGAACGGUGCUGGCGCGGCAGCCACCAACGGGCGGCGAGAGGCGGGCGGUAGCGACUUGCGAAUUAUGGUGGCCAAGCUUAAGCGCAAGGCAGAAGCGCAGCAUGAGAAGGAGCGGGCGCAAGCGCUUGGGAAAGGGUUAAAGAAGGCCCGGUUCUGCGAAAUGGGUCGCCCACAAGUCGCCGCGCAGGCUCAGGCGCAGCACAUGACCAGCAUCAGCCACACCGAGUCGCUAGAGCUUGUGCGCUGCCUGCUGCGUGUGUCAAUCUUCCACGUCAGCUACCUGCGGGGGCUCUUUCCGGAGAAAAGUUUCAAAGGUGUGGACAUGAAGAACCUCGACGACAUGCACAUCAAGAUGCUGCUUCCCUCCUGUGAUGAGUCGCGGCGGCUGAUUGACUGGGUCGAGGGCGGUGUGUACGACGCCAUCAAACGCGGCUACCUCAAGAACCUGUUCUUCGGGAUCUCCACGGACCCCGCCGGCACUGAGCUCCUGGAGGAGUACGUCUUCACGUUCCGGUACGGCGAGGGCGGCAAAGUGGCCAUGGAUGUGAACGCCACGACGGCGGACGGCGGCGGCAUCGGAGGCAAGAAGCGCGGCAAGAAGGGCGAAUUCAAGCAGUACGGCAACCCUGGUAUGCAGGACUCCGGCAAAGCCGACCUCAACACGGUACGCUACCAGGUCUGCCGCCUCAUCCGGAUGCUCGUACAGGUCUGCCGUACACUCGACAAGGUCCCAGCGGAGCGCUACCUGUUCAUGAAACUGACGUACCAGGACUACACACCUGACGAGUACGAGCCGCCGUACUUCGUCCCAGUGGAUGAAAGUGGCGUUGGCCACUUUAAGCGCGCUCCGUUCUCCAUGACCGUGGGCCGCGAGGGACUGGAUGGGGCUGAAGCUCUCGACGGCGGCGGAGCCGGCAUUACCGGCGGCGGCCGCGGCGGCGCUGCGGGCAUGGACCGAGUGACGGCGCAGGCGCAACCAUCCGAGGGGUCCAACGGCAGCGGCGACGCUUGUACGGAAACGGCCGCCGGCGGUGGCUGCGACGACGGCGCCGCUGACGACGACGCUGUGACGGGCGGACACGGCCAAGGCACACCUGGCGGGACGGAGGCGGACGGGGAAGGGGGUGCCGGGGGCGGCGGCGCCGGCGGUGGGGAUGCGAUGGAGGGUGUGGAUGUACACGGCGGCGGGGAGGAUGGUACGCCGUCGGGGGUGGAGCCGACGGCGGCGCCGCUGCCGGAAUUCUCAGGUCUGACAGGCGAUCUCGAAGCCGAACCGAGAGCUCCCGGAAGGGCGCCGCGUGGAGAUGCCGCCGCCGCCGCCGCCGCCGGUGAGGAUACGGCUGAUAUGGAUGUGGACGAGAUGGGGGAUGGGGGGCCCGACGGCGGCGCCGCCACGACAGCUCCCAGGGGCGGCGGCGGCGGCGACGGUGGUGGCGAGGAGGAGGAUAUGACGGAGGCGCCCGAGGCGGAGGACUAUUUGGAGCUGUGCGAAUAUAUCCGGGGCCGUAGCCAGGUCACGCUGCCGGAGCUGGCUCGGCAGUUCGGGUUCAUGUCGCAAGCAGCGCUAGGGGGCUAUGUGGAGCGCCUCAAGGCGCAGGGGGUGCUGGCGCAGGUGCCCGGGGCGAGAUCCAGGUUCCGAGUGGUGACGCAGCCGGCGCAGUCGCGGCAUGUGGCUGCCACCAAGCAUCUCGAGGCCCAGUCUGUGCCGCCGGAGGUUGAAGUCCCGGGGAGCAAGGGCGCCGCGGCGGCGGCGGCGGCGGCGGCGGCGGCGGCGGGGGAGGGCGGUAACCCCCGGAAGGGUUCUGGUAAGCGGAAGUCCGGCAAGGAUGAGCCAGAGGACCCCGCGGCGCUGAUCGCCAAACGCCUGGAUGGGCUGUCCAUGGACCCGGCCAACGGAAAAGGCACAACCGACAACGAUGCUGUUGCAACCGACAACGACCUGCACCGGCCUCGCGACCAGACUGAGCGCGGCGGUAGCGCCGGUGACGCGGCCGCGAUGCGCAGCCGCGGCGGUCGGCUGGACAGCGUGCAGGGCGGUGAUGAGCUGACGGGCAUGACGGAAGCAGACGGGCCCCGGGACGCUGAUCACCCUGCCGACCCAGGCACGGCCGGGGCUCCCAAGACUGCAGACGAGCCUCGUGUCUACAUUGUGGACAGCCAGCAGUCCGGGCCAGAGCGUCUCAAGGGUAGCAGGGUGCGCAAGGCGUCGUACGUGGCGGACCCCAUCCAGCAGGGUGAGGCCAAGAAGCCCAAGACGGCUCCAGGGUUGGCGGCAAACGCGGGUGCCAGUGGCGCCGCCGCCGGUGGUGGCAAGGUUGGCCCCAGCGCGCCGGCCGAGAAGGCCCCGGCGCCGACGCCGCGGGCCGCACGGGGGGGAUCGCGCCUUGCGGGCAUGAGGCGCUGA